AUGGAAUCUCCUGAAUUGAGCGAUCAAACAAAUCCAUAUUUCCUCAAUUUGAAUGAAAAUCCAGGCAACAUCUUAGUUACGCAACCACUGCUUGCAAUGAAGAAUUAUCAUUCUUGGUCCAUGGCUAUGAUCUUAGCUCUCAUUGCCAAGAAGAAGAUAGGUUUCAUUAAUGGAAAAAUUGUUGAGCUAGAUCCAAAAUCUCCUUUCUAUGAAGAUUGGUUAAGCUGCAACAUAAUGGUGAUUUCAUGGAUGAUCAACUCCAAGCACGUUGAUGUAUCUAGCAACAUGAUGUAUUGUCAAACUGCCAGAGAGAUGUGGCUUGAUUUGAAAAAACUCUUUUCACCAGGUAGUGGUCUUAAAAUCUACAAUCUUUAG